GCAAACAACGCAGACAAGUAAGUCAGUGCAGCGGGAAAUGGCGAAGCUGAGUGUUCACGACCGUGCAGUGCUGAGCUGCAUAUUUAACCCCAGUUUACCCCUAGACGCCAUCGUCGAGGCCGAGGACGUAAACAUGCACCUAAGAGAUGAUGAUGAAGAAAGCUAUCAAGAAAUUGAAAAAAUUAAAGUUAUGGAAUGUAAAGCAAUACAUCUCGCUGAGUCGGGGAAAACGGACGAGGCGAUAAAAAUUCUCGAAGAAGCAAUCCACCUUGCGCCUCAAAAAGCGUCGCUGUACAACAACAGGGCUCAAGUUUAUCAAUUAAAAAGAAAGCCCAAUGAUGCACUCGACGAUUUAACUAAAGCUAUCGAGUUAUCUGGAGAUAAGUUACUGAGAACGAAGCGUGAAGCCCUUUGUCAACGCGGUCUGCUGUACAGAAAAAUGGAAAACGAAGAACUAGCAAGAAACGACUUCAACGAAGCUUCCAAAUUGGGCAGCCAGUUUGCAAAAAAUCAGCUGAUUGAAAUGAAUCCAUAUGCAGCAUUGUGUAACCAAAUGUUAAAACAAGCAGUUGAGAAUUUGCAAAAGUGAUCAAGAAACAACGUCUUUAAAAAGUAUACUUUUACAUACCUCCACCAUAGAUAGCUAAAAUAUAUUUGUAGAUAUAUUUAAUUUACUAAUACUAAGUAAUAAAUUUGAUAACACUAAAGAUAUCUAUCAUUUUCCCAGAAUUUCUUGCAGUGUAAUUGUUAUUUAAACUUUAACCCCAAUUCUUGUAUCAUUAAACUACCCUUAAAGCUAAAAUAAAAGUCAAAGCACAAUUAAUGUAAA